AUGGGCUCCGUUGACGCUCCAGACUGCGACGUCCUGAUCAUCGGGGCAGGCAUCUUCGGCACCAGCACUGCAUACCACCUCUGUCCCAGCCAUGCAGACCCAUCACGUAUUACAGUAUUGGACCGCGCACCCGCGCCCUCACCGCAGGCCGCGUCCUCGGAUAUCAACAAGAUCGUGCGCGCCGAUUACAGCAAAGCCUUUUACAUGGACUUGGCCUACGAGGCCAUGGAGUAUUGGACAGACAAUCCAAUCAUGAAGCCGUACUUCCACCAGACCGGUUGGGUCAUGUUGGACGAGAGGGACAGCGAUCUCGCGGAUCGUAUUCGGAGAAACUUCCGAGAAAGUGGUCGACCCGAUACCUCUGCCGAUAUAUCCUUGGACCAAGUCAGGUCUAACUGGGGCGGUGUCCUCUGCGGAAUAGACACUACUGGGUACAGCAAGGCCUACACGAAUUCAAGUGCCGGAUGGGCUGAUGCCUCUGCCGCUGUGGCUGCUAUGAUGAAUGAAGCUGUCAAAGCUGGUGUAAAGUACAAGGUAGGAGAAGUGAAGGAGCUGCUCAGUGAUGGUGACAAGCUGACUGGUGUCCGCACGGCUGACGGGCGGACAUUCACUGGAGAAAAGAUUGUUCUAGCUACGGGGGCGUGGACACCAUGGCUGAUGGCACCGCUUGAGGAAACAAUGGCCCUUUCCCAAGAACACAGCAUCCAGAGACAGAUCCAAGCCGCGGGAGUAUGCGUCGCAGCAUUCCACGUCUCUGAAGAAGAAGCCCGGCAUUACUCGCAGAUGCCGGUGUUGAUAUACGGAGCAAAAGGGGAGGCGAUGCCGCCCACUGAAGAGCGUCUCAUCAAAUUCACAAAUGCCCACACCUUCCUCAACACCCAAUCACAUCCAGAGACAGGCCAAAACAUCUCGGUCCCGGCACCCGACCAACACUCCGUUCCCGAGUCGCUCCAACAUCAGUCCGUAGAAAUCAUCCGCCAGCGCGUCCCGCAGAUCCUCGACGGUGGCAGAGUGCCCGAUGACUGGCGCCUCUGCUGGGACGCCAUAUCACCGGACCAAAACCAGCUGAUCGCUCAACAUCCUGACCCGCGGCUGUCGAACCUCUACUUCGCGACGGCUGGAUCGUUUCACAGCUGGAAAUUCCUGCCGAAUAUUGGCAAGUAUGUCGUCAACGUGCUGGACGGUAAGUCGAACGGGCCCGAGAGGGAUGAGGCGUGGUGUUGGAAGAGAAGCUUCGGCGGUAGAGGUGCGCACGAGAAAGUGCUGCCCAAGGGGGAGUUGAAGGAUUUUCAAUAG